AUGCCCAGCACACUUCACAAGACACGCAAGCAAAUCUCCAAGAAGCGCAAUGGAGAGGUCAACGCACUACAUGAAAAGUCCAGAGACUCCCUGAGAUUGCACAAGGCUGGUGUAAGAGACCAAAGACUGGAGAAACUUGCGGCGGCAAGGAACAAGAGGGAACAGCCAAUCGUGGAGCGAGUCACAUUUUUCCAGCAGAAAGUCAGGGAGAAGGGCUCAGAACCGCUUGAAGUGUCCGCCAUCCAGGCGCUUAUUCACACCUACGUCCACCAGUACGAUGAGGAGUAUGAUGCUGUGAAGAAGACUCGCCGGGCUGGACGGCCCGCCAGCACCAAGGAAGAUCUCUUGAAGAUCAAGAUUACCGCGCUCGAGAAAGAGUACCAGGCGGGAUUCUUGAUCCCCGACAUCACAUCAGCCGAAAGCGUCAAGUCCCUGGACGCCUGGGAGGGCUCCUGGGCCUACCUUAGCAGUCUCCCCUGGAUCAAGGUCACGGCUGCAGGCAACGUCCGUAAAGCUGAACUGCCUUCAAAAGCUAUAGUUUGA